AUGUGUAAGGUGCCCGGACACGCCCCCUGUGUGCAUCGUCAUGGAAACCCAGAAACAGCGUCGUUUCUCCUAGGCGACGCCAACUUGUGCGAAGCGACAGCUCUUGUGGUAGACAUGGCUGGAAAGAAGAAAGACGUCGUCCUGCAGAUAGCCAUCAAUAAUCAGGAACAAUGGGAGGAGGUACUGUCAUCCAAAGGACUCAUAGUGGUGGAUGUUUACCAGGCCUGGUGUGGUCUAUGCAAAACAACUGUGAGUCUGUUCCGAAAAAUCAAGAAUGAGCUUGGGGAUGACCUCCUGCAGUUUGCCGUGGCUGAAGCUGAUAGCAUCGACGCCCUUGAGAAAUACAGAGGCAAAUGUGAACCUACCUUCCUUUUCUUUGCGGGAGGGGACCUAGUUGCAGUUGUCAGGGGUGCCAACGCUCCAUUGCUGCAAAAAACUAUUCUUGAACAGCUUGAAGCGGAAAAGAAAGUUAUAAAUCAGGGCCUGGAACGUAAUGUGAUAAAAGAUGAGGCAGUUCUGGAGGAAGAAGAGACAUCCCCUCUCCCUGCUCAGACUGAAGAUGAUGAACUGGUUCCAACAGGAAAAGCAUACACAGUAGCCAUCAUUAAACCUGACGCAGUUGCCCAUGGAAAGGCAGAUGAAAUCAUUAUGAAGAUACAAGAAGCUGGAUUUGAAAUCUUGGCCAAUGAGGAAAAAACAAUGACGGAGUCUGAAGUCAGAGAGUUUUAUAAGCACAGAGCAAAAGAGGAGAAAUUCCAGGAGUUGGUGCAGUUCAUGUCUAGUGGUCCAUGUCAUGUCCUCAUUAUAUCUAAAUCAGGAGAUGAAGAUGUUAUCCCUUCAUGGAGAGAAUUCAUUGGUCCAACUGAUGUGGAAGUUGCCAAGAAAGAGAAACCAGAAAGUUUGCGAGCUCAGUAUGGCACUGAAGUCCUGUAUAAUGCAGUCCAUGGAAGUAAUGACAGGGAACAAGCUAGCAGGGAAUUGGCUUUCUUCUUCUCAAGUUUUAAUCUUCAGCAGGAACAGGCAGAGGAAUCAGCCUUAAAGACCCCAGAAAGAACCUUAGCCUUGAUCAGACCCGAUGUCUUGAAGGACAGGAAAGAUGAAGUUCUGCAAAGUAUUCGAGAUGCUGGUUUCUCUAUAGCAAUGCAGAAAGAGAUAGUGUUAACAGAGCAGCAAGUUCACGAGUUCUACAAGGAGCAUGUUGAUGAAGAUUAUUUUCCAGCUCUAAGGCAGCAAAUGACAAGUGGUCCUGUUCUUGCCCUAGCAUUGGUAAAGGAUGAUGCCGUAACACACUGGAGAAAUUUGUUAGGCCCCGCCGACCUUACUGAAGCGGUAAAUAAAGAACCAGAUAGCUUGCGGGCUCGGUUUACUCCCAGAGAAACUACGAUCAACCAGCUACAUGGAAGUUCCAGCCCAGCCCAGGCAGAAAAUGAGAUUAACUUCUUCUUCCCUGUAGAGCACACCUUAGCAGCUAUUAAACCAGAUGCCUUGGAAGAACAUAGAGAUGAAAUCAUGGAAAGGAUUCAAGCUGCUGGCUUUACUAUCUCUCAAAUAAAGGAAACUCAUUUAACCCAAGAAAUGGCUGAAGAAUUUUACAAAGAACAUAAGGGGAAGCCAUUUUUUGAUCAGCUUACCAACUAUAUGUGCAGAGGUUCUUGCUUAAUGAUGAUUCUCAGUAAAGAGAACGCAGUGCAGGAAUGGCGGUCACUCAUGGGCCCUACAGACCUGGCUGAAGCACAGACAUCAUCACCUGAUUCCUUGAGAAGCUUGUUUGCAAAGAGCAUCCUGGAGAAUGCCAUCCAUGGGUCCUCUAAUGUAAAUCAUGCCUUGGAAAAAAUCAAAUUCAUAUUUGGCGAUAUUGAGCUGGAAAGAGCAAAUAAUGAAACUUUGUUUUUUAAUGAGGCUGCAGAGGAUGUCAAAGAAAGUGAGGAUAAUGAAAUCACACCACCGGAAGAAAGUGAAGCAGAACCUUCUCAAGAAAACAACUAAGAAACAGCUGGUUACUUCCAUAUUGGUGUAUCUUUACUGUAAUUAUUUAAAUGUGACAGACAAAUAGCAAACUAUUAUUUUAAUUAAAAAAAUAAAUGUAAAAACAUGCAAAGUACAAGUUUGUUGUGUGA